AUGAAUAUCGAUGAACAAUCAAAUAUGACUGAUCAAUUAGCAAAAUCUUCAACAAAUUUAGAUCAAGAAUCUUUACUUGCACUUGUUUCUGUUCGUCCACCAACGCCAGAUAAAUGUGCUGUUUGUUUAAAUAAUAAACAAACAGAUGUUAUUGCACGAAUUGAUUCUUGUUCACAUACAUUUUGUUUUUCUUGUAUACUUGAAUGGUCGAAAGUUCGUGCUAUAUGUCCAUUAUGUAAACAACCAUUUAAUUUAAUAACGCGUGAACGUUAUUCUGGUGAAAUAGUUGAAGAAAUUCGUGUACAAACAACACGACGAUCAACAUUACCACCACCACCAACAUUUACUAAUCUUAAUGAUGUUAUUAAUUGGUUUGAUCAACAUCGUCAAAGAUCAGAUAAUUCAAAUGAUUUAUUUCGACAAAUGGUUUAUAUUGAAUGGUUAAAUACAUUACAAGCUCUUGUUCGUCGACCAAAUAACAAUUCAAGAAAUUCUUCUUAUUCAUCAUCAAAUCGUUCAGUAAAUUCAUCAUGGUCAAAUGCAAUUCCUCUUGAUUCAAUACGUCGUGUUCUUCAACGUUAUUUACGUCAAACAAGAUCAGAAUUACGACAAUCAACAAUAUAUUCUCAAUCAACACGGCAAACAGUUGCAUUUCGUAAAUAUAUUUAUAUAAAUCAUUUAUAUGUUCGUAGUCCGUUAAUUGGACAUAAUCAUGAUACAUUAACUAUACGAGAAUGUUCACCAACAUGGUAUGCAUCAAAUCCAGCUUGUCUUCAUCGUCUUGUACCAUUUUUAACACGUGAAUUAUUAGCUUUAUUAUGGCAUGAUGAACAAACAAUUGAAUAUAUUAUACAAGAAAUUUUAACAACUAUACAAUUACAUGAUAUACGUUCAAAUUUUUUAGCAAGAAAAUUAAAUGAAUUUCUUGGACAUUAUACAAAACAUUUUAUACAUGAAUUUUAUACAUUUUGUCGUUGUCCAUAUGAUUUAGCUGGUUUUGAUCGUCAUGCACAAUAUCCAACAUUAAAUUCAUCGUCAUUAGUCAUACCACCUAUGGAAAUUUCAUUAGAUGAUGAUGAUGAUGAUGGAAAUGAACAUACACCAAUUAUACUUGAUGAAACUCCUGAUGUAUUGUCAAUAGAUACUAUUGAUAUUAUUUCUUCACCACAAACAACAACAACAACAACAACAACAAUAGAAUCUGAACAUCGAUCAUCAUCACCUGAAUGUGAAAUAGUUGAAUAUGUUGAACCAAAUAUUGAAAGAACUCCAAGUCUGAUUGUUUUGUCUGAAGAUGAUGAUGAUGAUGUUAAUGAAUUACCAACACAAGUAUCAUCAUCUACGAAACGAAAAUAUCAUCAUCAAGAAACAAACUCUAAAAAACUACAGACAACUUCAAUAAUAGAAAUCAACUCUCCGACAAGUGUUAUUCUAGAUGAUGAACAACAACAACAACAACAACAACAACAAAUAAAUAAUUCAAAUCAAGAACAAUCAGAAAGCGAAAACAAUGAACGAUGA